AUGGCUGCCAACGGCGACAAGUUCGGAAACGACAUCGAGUCGGAGUCCGACUCUGGCCCCGAUUCUCCCGGCCUCGAACCCCAGGAUGUGUCGGAUCACGAAAUCGACGAGAAGCCUCUCAAGCCCGCCCUGAAGAAGGCAGCCCCCGCUGCUCCCCCAGUACAGCGACCUCCCCUACCGCCCCAGACCGAGCCGAAGGACCUCGAUGUCAGCACUCUCAGCCCACUGACCCCCGAGAUUAUCGCGAGACAAGCGACCAUCAACAUCGGAACGAUCGGUCACGUCGCUCACGGAAAGUCCACCGUCGUGAAGGCCAUCUCCGGUGUGCAGACAGUUCGGUUCAAGAACGAGCUGAUCCGAAAUAUUACCAUCAAGCUGGGAUAUGCCAACGCAAAAAUCUACCAAUGUGACAACCCAGAAUGCCCUCGCCCAGGCUGCUUCAGGAGUUACAAGAGCGACAAGGAGGUUGACCCUCCCUGCGAGAGAGAAGGCUGUGGAGGCACCUACAGACUGAUGAGACACGUCUCAUUCGUCGAUUGCCCCGGUCACGAUAUUCUGAUGAGCACCAUGUUGUCAGGAGCAGCCGUCAUGGACGCCGCACUAUUGCUCAUUGCCGGGAAUGAAUCCUGCCCUCAGCCCCAGACCUCGGAGCAUUUGGCUGCUAUUGAGAUUAUGAAGUUGGACAAGAUCAUCAUCCUCCAGAACAAGGUCGAUCUGAUGAGAGAAGAGGCUGCCCAGCAGCACUACCAGUCAAUUCUCAAGUUCAUCAGAGGUACCGUCGCCGGCAAGUCACCAAUCAUCCCGAUCUCGGCGCAGCUGAAGUUCAACAUCGAUGCAAUCAACGAGGCGAUCGUCCACACCAUCCCUGUGCCGCCUCGAGAUUUCAGCAUGGACCCCCAGAUGAUUGUCAUCCGAUCCUUCGAUGUCAACAAGCCCGGUGCCGAGAUUGACGAGCUGAAGGGAGGUGUUGCUGGUGGCAGUAUCCUUCACGGUGUGCUCAAGCUUGGUGAUGAGAUUGAGAUCCGACCAGGUAUCGUCACUCGUGAUGAGAAGGGUAACCUGAAGUGCACACCCAUCUUCAGCCGAAUCGUCUCGCUGAACUCAGAGGCCAACGACCUGAAGUAUGCUGUUCCCGGCGGUCUGAUUGGUGUUGGUACUCGCAUCGAUCCUACGCUCUGCAGAGCCGAUCGUCUUGUCGGUUUCGUCCUAGGUCUGAAGGGCCGCUUGCCGGAGAUCUAUAGUGAGAUCGAGGUCAACUUCUACCUACUACGCCGUCUGCUUGGUGUCAGGACCGCCGAUGGCAAGCAAGCCAAGGUCGAGAAGCUAGCGAAGAACGAGGUCAUCAUGGUCAACAUUGGCUCAACAUCUACCGGUGCCAAGGUUGCCGCCAUCAAGAAGGACGCUGCCAAGCUUAUCCUGACAUCUCCUGCCUGCACGAACAUUGGCGAGAAGGUUGCGCUCAGUCGUCGUAUCGAGAAGCACUGGCGCCUGAUCGGAUGGGCCACAAUCGCUGCGUAA